GCCUUCGUGGCGAGUGGUGGUCAUGGAGCUGCCCCUUCACGAGGCCAACAUCGAGAACUUUGACGGGGCUCACCCCGGCUGCGAUACCAUUCUUCAAUACACAGUGGCGUUCGCCAAAGCGGUGGGGCUGCUGGGCGACGACGACAGCGGCCCGCACCUGCACCUGUGUGGGUACAGCCUCGGGGGAAGGGUUGCAAUGGAGCUCCUUCAAGCGCAUCCGGCGCACGUCCGUAAGCUUGCGAUGAUCGCGCCAGCCUUCCCGGAGACGAUGGACGACGGCUUCGAGCGCUGCGCGAGAACGGAGCCGCGUCGCGUCCACGCCUGGCGGACGCGAGCAGAGCUCCGCGAGGUCUGCUCCUUCGACGGAAUGAUUGGCUGCCGCCCAGGCCACCUGCUCACGCACAGCCUCGUGCAGGGCGCGAUGGUGCGCGACCGCGAGCAAACCUACGGCAGAAAGCACGGCGACUUCUUUGCCGACUACGUUGCGAGGCUGCUGCAAAAGGAGCGCGAGCCGAGCCCCCUCGACGCUGCCUCGCUCCACCAGGUCCGAGCGCCAGUCCUGCUCGUCACCGGCGAACGCGACCGGUGCGUCGAUUCCGGAAAGUGCCGCGAGCAAAUCCAGGACGUCCUUGGCCCGGAGCGGUGCGCGUUCCACGAGCUCGUCGACACCAGCCACUAUGCCGCGCCGAACGCGGACGGGUGGCUCCCGGACGGCAACAUCUUGUACAACGCGGCGCCGCUCUGUGCAAAGUUUCUGUUCGGUGAAUAAUUAAUUGAUGGCUAUGUGGUGUGACCAUUUGCUGUCCAGGCGAGCAUGCAGCAUCUGCAGCGCGUCGCGCGCGCGCGCGCGCGUGCGUGAUGCCAUGUUUGCGUUUCUCGC